AUGACGGAAAACAUCCCUCCUUCUACUUUGCCGCCGCCACCUUCCACGGCUGGCGCCCCCGGUUACGAUGGCCCACCAGGGAGCAAUGGCCACACUAGCACAAGCAUGGGACCUCCGGCAUUACCUCCAGUGGUGAUUCCACAGAACAACAACCCCGUUCCCAGUCCUGUCACUCCUGGAACGGCUUUGUCGCCUUCCUCGGGAGGAGUCGUCCGAAGAGCUGCGCCGGAGCCGAAUAAGAGAGCACUUUAUGUGGGUGGUCUCGAUCCUCGAGUGACCGAAGAUGUCCUUAAACAGAUCUUUGAGACUACUGGACAUGUGGUCAGUGUCAAGAUAAUUCCCGAUAAGAAUUUCAACUCUAAAGGCUUCAAUUAUGGGUUUGUAGAGUACGAUGAUCCGGGUGCCGCUGAACGGGCCAUGACAACUUUAAACGGCCGUCGAGUCCAUCAAGCCGAGAUUCGUGUCAACUGGGCAUAUCAAUCCAACACUGCGAACAAAGAGGACACUUCAAAUCAUUUUCAUAUUUUCGUUGGAGAUUUGAGUAACGAAGUCAAUGACGAGGUUCUGCUGCAAGCUUUUUCAGCUUUUGGUUCUGUUUCCGAGGCACGAGUGAUGUGGGACAUGAAGACCGGUAGAUCUCGUGGAUAUGGAUUUGUGGCAUUCCGUGAAAGACCUGAUGCGGAAAAGGCCCUCUCUUCGAUGGACGGGGAAUGGUUGGGCAGUCGAGCGAUUCGUUGCAACUGGGCAAAUCAAAAGGGCCAACCGUCCAUCUCUCAACAACAGGCCAUGGCAGCAAUGGGCAUGACUCCUACCACGCCAUUCGGACAUCAUCAUUUUCCCACUCAAGGCGUCCAGUCCUAUGAAAUGGUUGUGAACCAAACUCCUACCUGGCAAACCACAUGCUACGUCGGUAAUCUCACGCCAUACACGACGCAGGCUGAUCUGGUCCCUCUCUUCCAAAACUUUGGAUAUGUCGUUGAGACUCGCUUCCAAUCGGAUCGGGGUUUCGCGUUCAUUAAGAUGGACACACACGAGAACGCCGCAAUGGCAAUUUGUCAACUAUCUGGUUACAAUGUCAAUGGAAGGCCAUUGAAAUGCUCCUGGGGCAAAGAUCGUCCACCGACUGGUCAAUUCGAUACCUACUCGCCACAAACCUCGAUUGGUUCGGCCACGACGCCUGGUGGUUACAAUCCAGCCUCGCCAUAUUUCCCACAAUACGGCGGCCCAGCACCCAUGACGCCGCAGGGUCCGAGUCCUGGUGGACGAGGUGCCUGGGAUCCAAACCAUCUCCCCAGUCCUUACACCCAGUCCCCUCAGUCGGCAUUCGGUCAGGUUCCACCAUCAGCCGGAGGAUAUGGACGUGGACAGAAUGCACCAGGCGGAAUUUAUCAACAGCCACCGCCGCCGUCAUUUGGUAACAACUAUCCUGGAUACCAGGCAUAA